AUGGAGGUUACUCAAUAUCAACAAAGUUUUAAUAAAACUUCAAGUUCUAGGGUUUCUAUGAACAAGAACUCAAAAGUAAUAUCCAAGAUGAUCAAGCAUAAGAUUCGCAUCAUCCAUAUAUCCCCACCGGAGGUUAUUAAGACCGACAUCAAGAACUUUUCCUCAGUCGUCCAAAGUCUAACCGGAAAACCCUCAGCCGGAGAGGCAAAGACCGAGAAAAAGAGAGCCAGACCGAAAUUUCCAACGUCUCAUGCACCGGUUUGCGGAGAUCAUCCGCCGGUUAACAGGCUUACAGACCUAACCGGUUUAUUAGCAAACGGAGGAAACCAUCAGGUAAAAGAAGAAUGGGGAUCCGGUGAUCAGAGUCCUUCGAACACAAACACAUACUUUGAUCUGGAAGGUUUGAUUCAAGAUGUAGAAGAAGAUUACUUCUCUACGUUUCCUAUGAGAUCCUCUUCUUCACAAGUGGAAGGUUUCAUCUUCGACAACAGCAACAACAACUUCGAUACAAAGGGUCACAAGCAGAUUGAGCUAUGA